CCGACAUCGCACAGGACAGCCUUGCACCUCACGACCAACAUCACCGUACCUUUCCGCUCACCGAUCUACACAAAUCCCACACUCGUUCCUGGUUCCAGGCCCACGCCACGACAAUGACAUCAAGAAAGGACGCCCAUCUCUAUGGCGAGCGUCCCAAAUCCCGCACCAAGGCCAAAGAAAUCUCCAGUUCCAGCAACCUCGCCUUCUCCUCGCAGCUCUCAAGUCUCAUCGCCGCCUCGUCAUCGACAAGCAGGCCUAUGUCUGGUCGCGCGCGACCUAAAAAGGAAGACAUCUUCGCUACUCACAACAAGAACGUCAAGAAACGCGCAUUAAAGGACCUUGAAGACUCAGGUUUCACGCAACAGAAACAUCGCGGUCGAACCACCGACGAGAAAGCCGACGACGAAGCAACAUGGCGGCGCACAAAGCGGAAGAUGGAGGAGAAAGCGCGACUUUAUGAUGCGCUGAAACGCGGCGAUAUCGACGACGAGGACGAGAAAUACGGUGUUGAUUUCGAUCAGAAGUGGGCAGAAAGACAGGAGCGGGGCGAGAAGGAUUCCGAUACAGAUGAGGAGUCGAACGCGUCGGAGGAGUCGCUAGUGGAAUACAUAGACGAGUUUGGCAGGAACCGGACAGGCACGAGAGCGGAGGCGGCGAGGGAAGAGAGGAACAAGAGACUGGCUACCGAUGAACAAUAUCGGUUUUCUGCGAGGCCGAAACCUCCUGAAAAUGUUAUUUACGGCGAUAUGAUCCAGAAGGAAGCUUUUAACCCUGAUGAAACGAUCAUGCAGCAGAUGGCUGAACUUGCCGCUAAGCGCGAUAAAGAGCCCACACCGCCGCCUCCGGAGCACUUUGACGGCAGAAAGGAGAUUAGGUUGAAGGGUACCGGAUUCUUCGCUUUCUCAACAGAUGAAGAAGAGAGACAGCAACAGAUGUCCAACUUAGAGAAAGAGAGGCAAGAAACGGAGAAGGCGAGGGAGGUGAGGAAGAAGCAGAAAGAGGAACGCGCUAAGCUAAUUGCCGAGAAGAGGAAAGCUGUGCAGCAGAAGAAGGCCAAAAGUCAAGCAGACCGUUUCCUAGACAGUCUGGGAGGUAUUCUUCCGAAAGGUGAAAAGGAGGGUUGAGAGGAUUGGGAUGUUCAUUGUUUCUUUACGGCUGGCAUCAAGAUACCCAAAGCACUCAUACAUAGUUCAGGCACGACUGUAAGAAUAUAUCCC